AUGGCACCCCUCCGCCCUUGCCGCUACAGCGACCCCGGCUCCCCGCUAAGGGAGCUGAAACCCGACCUCCAGCUCUCCCGCGCCGCCAAGCUCAACCUCGAGGACAACAUUAGGCAGAGGAAGGCGCACUCGAAGCGCGACAUGGCCAAGUUUGCCAAGGAGGUGAGUCCGCAGCGCGAGCGAACACGAGGGACGCGAGCGAAGCGAGUGCGUGAGGAGUUGCGAGUGCUGCGAGUGCUGCGAGUGUGCGAGCGUUGCAAGAACUCUGCACCCACACCGCCAUCCUCUCCUUCCCACCCCUCAUCUUCAGCUUAA